AUGGCAGAUGCUGAACAAACGAACAGUGACCUUAGGGAAGAGGUUAGUAGCCUCAAGGAAGGUAUGGAAAAAAUAACUGCAAUGAUGAUGGACAUGUUGGCCGCACAGGCACAAGCCUCUCAAGCAAAAGUUGUUCAGACUGUUCGGGCAGAUGUUGAAGUCUCACAGCCUGCUGGUUCUACCGCAACUAUUGGUAUUACACAGCCUUUGGUGAAUCAGUUUUCCUCUGGUGAUAUGACAAAUAUGUAUAGUUCAGGGUUUCGUCCUGCUGGCUCUCUUGGUUCUUCUAUUCCUCCUCAGUAUCAUAUGCCGCCAGGCUAUCCGUGGGGCAUGCCACUCGCAAAUAAUGAAGGUGUUCGUCAUAAUGCACCAGAAAUGCAGUUUUCUUUUGGACAUCAACAAACACCGUUUUAUCAGUCCGGCCAGCCUUGUCCUCAGGCCACUAUGACCUAUGCUGGACCCCUUGUUCAUGCUGCUCAUCAAGAAGAAGAACAGGUUUAUCACUCCAAUAGUGUGGCUGGUGAUGAUAGGGUGGGAAACUUGGAAGAAAGGUUUGAGGCGGUGCACAAAGAGUUAAAGACUAUCCGCGGUAAAGAAAUGUUCAGUCAGAAUGUGAAUGACCUCUGCUUGGUUCCAGAUGUGGUGAUACCUCAUAAGUUUAAAAUGCCGAUCUUUGAAAAGUACACAGGGGAUACUUGCCCUGAGAUGCACUUAGUCACAUAUGUCAGGAAGAUGGUUGCUCACAAGAAUAAUGAGCCUCUGCUUAUUCACUGUUUCCAGGACAGUUUGACUGGUCCCGCACACACAUGGUAUAUGAAUUUGAAGGGCAUCACAACCUUUGAGGAAUUGGCCAAUGCUUUCAUCCAACAGUACAAGUAUAACUCUUAUCUGGCACCUAACCGGAAAGAACUGCAAUCUAUGACUCAGGGUGAUAAGGAAUCUUUCAAGGAAUACGCUCAACGCUUCAUUCAGAAGUCUGCUCAAAUCCGUCCGCCUCUGGAUGAAAGAGAAGUGUCCGAUCUAUUCUAUGAGACUCUGAGCCCUUUCUACUCAGAGAAGAUGCUUGGUUGUGCUUCACAGAAGUUUACCGAUAUGGUAGAUAUGGGUGUGCGCAUUGAAGAUUGGGUCCGUAAGGGACGUGUAAGUAGAGAUGGUGCUUCUUCAGCUGGUUCAUCUAAUGGUAAUAGGAAGUUCGGAAAUGGGUACUCAAAGAAGAACGCUCAAGAGGUUGGCAUGGUGGCCCAUGGCGGAUCCCAGCCUAUAUACCCUAGCUACCCCUAUGUUGCUAACAUUCCACCACCUACCCCAACUCCACAAAAUCCAAACUAUCAACUACAAAGGCCUCAAACACCCCAUCCAUAUUAUCCACCACUAUAUCAACCACAACCUUAUCAACCCCAACCGUUUUAUCAACAACCAUACUAUCCCCCACCACCUCAACAGCAACAGCCUCGCCCUCGAGCUCAACAACAACAUACUCGCCCUCAAAGAAACCAAUUUCCCCCUAUCCCCAUGACAUAUGAAGCCUUGUUACCUUCCUUGCUUGCCCGAGGUCUUGUUCAGACCCUACCACCUCCUCGUGUGCAGAACCCUUUACCCCCUUGGUUCCGUGCUGAUCGAAAUUGUGCCUUCCAUCAAGGGGCACCAGGACACGACAUUGAACACUGUUACCCCCUUAAAGAGGCAGUUCAAAAGUUGAUUCACAGCAAAGAUUUAUCCUUCACUGACCCGAACCCUGCUGCUCCAGACCAUCCUCUGCCACCCCAUGGGCCUACUGUUAACAUGGUUGAAGAUUAUCAAGAAGGGGGUCUUGUCACUCGCUCUCAGGAUAUCAAAACUCCGUUGGUUCUGUUACAUGUGAAGAUGUGUGAGGCAGCUAUGUUUAGCCACAAUCAUAAUAUUUGUGAGGUAUGUUCUGUGGAUCCCCGCGGUUGCGCGCAGGUUCAAGAUGAUGUGCAAGGGCUAAUGGAUCGGGGAGAGCUGGUAGUCACAAGGGAGGACAAGAGUGUCUGUGUUGUAAUCCCUGUGUUCAAAGAUAGUGCGAAACCAAUUGAUGGUGUUACUCCAGUGUUCAAGGACAAUUCCAAGCCAGCUGUCACUCCUCUUGUGAUUUGUGUGCCGAGACCCAAGCCGUUUUUCUCUCCAAACGCCAUGCCGUAUAACUAUGAACCUACAAGCAUAGAGAAUGGUAGAGAGAUAUCCUGGAGUCCCUCAACUUCCGUGAGUAACAUUGCAGAGAAUAGUCAAAUUUUGAGAAGUGGACGCAUCCUUCCGGCUGUUGUGCAAGCAAAGAAGAAAGCCCCGGUGAUAGAGUCAGUGCCAAUACCAGAUCCUAGCAAGGGUAAGAGUGUGGUUCAACCUGGUGAAACUGAUAAUGAUGAGAUUUUGAAGCUGAUCAAGAAAAGUGAUUAUAAGAUAGUGGAUCAGUUAUUGCAGACUCCAUCAAAGAUUUCUAUCAUGUCAUUGUUGACAAGCUCUGAUGCUCAUAGGGAUGCAUUGAUGAAAGUGUUGAAUCAAGCCUACGUAGACCAUGAUGUGACUUUGGGUCAAUUUGGGAGCAUUGUUGGAAAUGUGACGGCAUGCAACAAUUUGAGUUUCAGUGAUGAAGACCUCCCAGUGGAGGGGAAGAACCAUAAUAUGGCCUUGCAUAUCUUUGUUAUGUGCAAAACAGAUUCUUUGUCCAAUGUCUUGAUAGACACCGGUUCUUCUCUCAAUGUGAUGGCGAAGACGACCUUUGAUAAAUUGACAUAUUCAUAUGGAUUUAUUAGGCCUAGUUGCGUAUCAGUAAGGGCGUUUGAUGGAUCCAGGAAGACGGUAUGGGGAGAAGUAGAUUUACCUAUCACUGUUGGGCCCCAAGAGUUUAAAGUUACAUUCCAGGUAAUGGAUAUUCAAGCUUCCUACAGCUGUCUACUUGGUAGACCAUGGAUUCAUGAAGCCGGGGCAGUAACAUCCACCCUUCAUCAAAAGUUAAAGUUUGUGAGUCGUGGAAAACUUGUUACAGUAAGUGGGGAAUCAGCUCUGUUGGUUAGCCAUUUGUCGUCUUUUUCCUUCAUUGGUGGUGAAAGUUCGGAUGGAACGUCAUUCCAAGGGCUUUCGGUUGAAAGCGGUACUACAAGAGGUGAAACAUGCAUGGCAUCUCUAAAGGAUGCUCAGAGAGUAAUUCAAGAAGGAAAGGCGGAAGGUUGGGGGAAGCUAGUACAGUUGCCCGAGAACAAGCGCAAAGAAGGUAUGGGUUUCUCCGGCAAUAAGCAAGUGAUGUUCGACCCAACUAGGGGUACUUUUCACAGUGCUGGAUUCAUUAAUGCGCCGCCUGAGACUAAUGCAAUCUUGGAAGAUCAAUCAGGAGAAGUGGCACCUGACUUUGUGACUCCGGGUGGAAACUGCUGCAAUUGGAUUGCUGUUGACAUCCCUUCUGUGAUACCUCUUUCUAAACUGAACAUACAUGAGCCCGUUGAACAUGAUGACCCUAUGUUACCUUCCAACUUUGAGUUCCCAGUUUACGAAGCUUGGGUAGAAGAGGACGAGGAGAUUCCCGAUGAGCUCCGAUGGAUGUUAGAGCAAGAAAGAAAAGCCAUUCAGCCUCACAAGGAAGAAAUAGAGUUAAUCAACCUGGGCACUGAGGAUGAUAAAAAAGAAAUUAAGAUUGGAGCGUCGUUGGAGGCGUCUGUCAAGAAAAAGAUAAUUGAGCUUCUCAGAGAGUAUGAUGAUAUAUUUGCAUGGUCCUACAAAGACAUGCCGGGGUUAGACCAUGAUGUUGUGGAACACCGUUUGCCUUUGAAGCCCGAGUGUCCUCCAGUCAAGCAGAAGUUAAGAAGAUCUCAUCCAGAUAUGGCUCUCAAGAUCAAAGAGGAAGUGCGAAAGCAAAUUGAUGCAGGUUUCUUGAUUACCUCCGAAUAUCCUCAAUGGUUGGCCAACAUAGUGCCCGUUCCAAAGAAAGAUGGUAAGGUCAGAAUGUGUGUUGACUAUCGGGAUUUGAACAAAGCUAGUCCGAAGGAUGAUUUCCCUUUACCUCACAUUGAUGUAUUGGUUGAUAGUACUGCUAGAUGCAAGGUAUUCUCCUUCAUGGAUGGGUUCUCCGGGUAUAACCAGAUCAAGAUGGCUCCAGAGGAUAGAGAAAAGACGUCGUUCAUCACGCCUUGGGGCGCUUUCUGCUACUUAGUAAUGCCAUUUGGGUUGAUAAAUGCUGGUGCCACUUACCAGAGAGGCAUGACUAAAAUAUUCCACGAUAUGAUACAUAAAGAGAUCGAAGUGUAUGUGGAUGAUAUGAUUGUCAAAUCGGGUACUGAAGAAGAACAUGUUGAAUCCGGCAAGCUCUUGGGUUUUAUCGUCAGCCAGAAGGGUAUUGAAGUAGAUCCCGACAAAGUCAAAGCUAUCAGAGAAAUGCCUGCUCCAAGGACAGAGAAACAAGUUAGAGGGUUUCUAGGAAGAUUAAACUAUAUCUCCAGAUUCAUCUCUCAUAUGACUGCCACAUGUGGGCCGAUAUUCAAGUUACUCCGUAAAGAUCAAGGGAUUGUUUGGACGGAAGAUUGCCAGAAAGCUUUUGACAGCAUCAAAGGGUAUUUGUUAGAACCUCCGAUUCUUGUUCCUCCGGUCGAAGGGAGGCCUUUGAUCAUGUAUUUGACUGUGUUAGAAGAUUCUAUGGGUUGUGUGUUGGGUCAACAAGACGAGACUGGAAAGAAAGAGCACGCCAUUUACUACUUGAGUAAGAAGUUUACCGAUUGUGAGUCCCGAUAUUCUAUGCUUGAGAAAACCUGUUGCGCUUUGGCAUGGGCUGCUAAGCGUCUUCGUCAUUAUAUGGUUAAUCACACUACUUGGUUGAUAUCCAAAAUGGAUCCGAUCAAGUACAUUUUUGAGAAGCCGGCUUUAACAGGAAGAAUUGCUCGUUGGCAGAUGUUAUUGUCCGAGUAUGAUAUUGUCUACCGCACUCAGAAAGCCAUCAAGGGUAGUAUUCUUGCUGACCAUUUAGCUCAUCAACCAAUUGAAGAUUAUCAGCCUAUCAAGUUUGAUUUUCCAGAUGAAGAGAUCAUGUAUUUAAAGAUGAAAGAUUGUGACGAACCAUUGUUUGGUGAAGGUCCUGAUCCAGACUCCAAGUGGGGUUUGAUAUUUGAUGGGGCUGUUAAUGUGUAUGGUAAUGGAAUAGGGGCAGUUAUCCUUACUCCAAAGGGUACUCAUAUUCCUUUCACUGCAAGACUCCGGUUUGAUUGUACGAACAACAUUGCAGAAUAUGAAAUCAAAGGAAAAUGGGAGACUCACCAUGAUGGUUUGGUACCUUACAGAGACUAUGCAAGACGUCUGUUGACUUUCUUCAACAAGGUGGAACUGCACCACAUUCCUCGGGAUGAGAAUCAAAUGGCAGAUGCCCUAGCUACUUUAUCUUCAAUGAUCAAAGUGAAUCAUGGCAACGAUGUGCCGCUGAUCAGUGUCAAAUUCCUUGAUAGGCCUGCUUAUGUGUUUGCAGCCGAAGCAGUUUUCGAUGAUAAGCCGUGGUUUCAUGAUAUUAAAGUGUUUCUUCAAACUCAAGAGUACCCUCCUGGGGCAUCCCGUAAAGAUAAGAGAACUUUAAGAAGAUUGUCUGGUAACUUCUUUCUAAGUGGAGAUGUUUUGUACAAAAGGAACUUUGAUUCAGUUUUGCUCAGGUGUGUGGACCGACGAGAAGCAGAUUUGUUAAUGCAUGAGAUACAUGAAGGAUUAUUUGGGACCCAUUCUAGUGGAUAUUCAAUGGCUAAGAAAGCAUUGAGAGCAGGCUACUACUGGAUAACGAUGCAUGCUGACUGCCAUCACUAUGCUAAGAAAUGUCACAAGUGCCAGAUUUAUGCGGACAAGAUUCAUGUGCCGCCGUCUAUGCUCAAUGUUAUCUCAUCUCCGUGGCCGUUCUCUAUGUGGGGCAUUGAUAUGAUUGGUCGGAUCGAACCAAAAGCUUCCAACGGACAUCGUUUCAUACUAGUGGCCAUUGACUACUUCACCAAGUGGGUUGAAGCGGCGUCUUACGCCAAUAAGAUGGUGGUCACCUAUAAGGACUGGCAUGAAAUGUUACCCUAUGCUCUAUAUGGUUACCGUACUUCGGUGCGUACUUCAACAGGGGCAACCCCUUUUUCCUUGGUGUAUGGUACGGAAGCGAUACUUCCCGUAGAAGUUGAAAUCCCGUCUUUGAGAGUCUUGAUGGAAGCUGAGUUGUCAGAGGCUGAAUGGUGUCAGAAUAGAUAUGAUCAGUUGAAUCUGAUUGAGGAGAAGCGCAUGGCUGCUUUGUGUCAUGGACAACUAUAUCAGGCCAAGAUGAAACAAGCAUUUGAUAAGAAGGUUCGUCCCCGUGAAUUUAAAGAAGGAGACUUAGUGGCCAAGAGUAUCAAGUCUUUUCAACCAGACUCCAGGGGCAAGUGGACACCUAAUUAUGAAGGUCCCUAUGUAGUGAAGAGAGCUUUCUCUGGUGGUGCUUUAAUUCUUACAACCAUGGAUGGAGAGGAUUUACCUCGCCCUGUGAAUUCUGAUGCAUAUCUCUUUCCGUAUGUUGGUCUUUACCGCAGUAAUGGUAAUAGACAGUAUUUCAUUUCGUACGUUCGUCUAAGCAGUGUUUCCUCCCCAGUGAUACCUAUCGGUAUGUCCCCCGGUCAGUAUCGGUUCAGUACCCUUGCAUUCGUAAGUGCAUCGCUCAUAAACAACACAACAGGUUCGUGGGAUAUUCGGAAGAGGGAAAGAGUUUUCCGACUCUGGCAUAGCAAGCAGCAGAUCGAAAUCCUCUCGUUUAAAUUCGCUUUUUCUCCGAUCCAAUCAGAGGUAAAGCUUCGCUAA